CCUGUUGUCGUACAAUACAUUUUAGUGUUUUAUCAUGUAGGAAUUCCCCUUUUAUUUCACCCUAUUCACAAUAUUUCUUAGGUUCUCGUUCACGGUGUACGAGUAUGGUUUUUUUUAAUCCAGUCCCAGCUACAACCGCCCGAGACCCUGGCCACCUCCCGGCCAGCCGCAGUGGUUUCCCCCAGCGGGACCGCCCCGGCGCCUGGGAGCAGCGAUCCGCUGUACGCCGCUCCCUCCACGGCUGUCAAACAACAGGCACAGCCGCCAGCUAGCGCAAUGUUUUCACGAUCCCGAUGUGUAUACCGGACGCUUGGCCGGUCCUUGUCCACGGUGAGCCAGGCCAAUAAGGUGCUGGUCCGACAAAGCGUAUCUGGCCUCUCUGUCUGCAGCCGGCUAGUUUACAGGAGUUCUCAGCCAUGUGAGUUUCCAUCAUCAGCAAAUGUGUUCCACAUCAGAUACUUUAAGACCUCUGCUGUUCACAGGGAUGAAGUAAUGACAGUCAAAACUCCUGCAUUCGCAGAAUCUGUUACAGAGGGAGAUGUGAGGUGGGAGAAAGCUGUGGGCGACUCAGUGACAGAAGAUGAGGUGGUGUGUGAAAUUGAGACUGACAAGACCUCGGUACAAGUCCCCGCUCCAGCAGCUGGUGUGAUUGAGGAACUGCUGGUGCCCGAUGGAGGGAAGGUAGAAGGAGGAACGCCCCUCUUCAAGCUCCGGAAAGGAGCUGCUGCUACCAAAGCUGCUCCCUCCCCGGCUGCAGAGGCACCAGCUGCGGCCGCUGCAGCCCCUCCUCCACCUCCACCUCCUCCAGCUUCAAUCCCUACAACCAUGCCUACGGUGCCCCCAGUGCCACAAGAGGUGGCCUCAGCCAAACCUGUUUCUGCUGUUAAGGCCACUGCUGCAGCACCAGCACCAGCACCAGCUGCUCCAACAGCAGGAGGCAGAGGAGAAAACAGGGUAAAGAUGAACCGUAUGAGGUUAAGGAUCGCCCAGAGGCUGAAGGAGGCUCAGAACACCUGCGCCAUGCUGACCACUUUCAACGAGGUGGACAUGAGCAACAUUCAGGAGAUGAGGAAAAUCCAUAAGGAUGCUUUCUUGAAGAGGCACAACAUCAAACUGGGCUUCAUGUCAGCGUUUGUGAAGGCUGCAGCACAUGCUCUGACUGACCAACCGGUUGUCAAUGCAGUUAUUGAUGAUACAACAAAUGAGAUCGUCUACAGGGAUUAUGUGGACAUUAGUGUCGCUGUGGCAACUCCAAAGGGGCUUGUUGUACCGGUGAUCCGUAAUGUUGAGACCAUGAACUUUGCUGACAUUGAGAAAGCCAUUAAUGCACUGGGAGAGAAGGCUCGUAAAAAUGAGCUUGCUGUUGAGGAUAUGGAUGGGGGCACUUUCACCAUCAGCAAUGGUGGUGUGUUCGGCUCCUUGUUUGGUACACCCAUCAUCAACCCGCCGCAAUCUGCCAUCCUGGGCAUGCAUGGCAUCUUCGACCGACCCGUGGCCAUGAAUGGCAAGGUUGAAGUCCGGCCCAUGAUGUAUGUGGCACUGACUUACGACCACCGACUCAUUGACGGCAGAGAAGCUGUCACUUUCUUACGCAAGAUCAAAGCAGUGGUGGAAGAUCCACGAGUGCUGCUUCUUGACAUGUGAUGUUUCUGCCACCACAUUACUCUCAUUUCAUAGUUCAGCUGCAUAAAACAAACUCCACUUCACAAAAAAUGCCCAGGUUGCCCAAAAUCCUACUAAACAACUCUCGGUGUCUUUUUAACUGUUGAGUCACACUGCAGGGGAAUACUAAGGUUGUGUUCCAACACUCAUGGAGUUUAAACACACCGUAUAAUUUGCAGAGAUUAAUUUUAAGUAUCAACAAAGCAAAAAGCUAAAAAGAUUGCUUACCAUCUUCUGUCAGUGAUUGUUUUGCUACAUCUGAUUUUUAGCAGAGAGAUAAGUCAUUACAUGUCUUGGGACAAAAACUGGCAAACUGUUGAAAAAAUGUUGAAGAUAACUCACAUAUGGGUGUUUUAUUAAACCCAUGUGCUCUUCAGAUAGACAUAUGAAGCAGUAGAUAAACACUCACUGCAUCCUUGUGAUGACAGUGAUUAUGAAAUAAAAAUGGCUUUUCCAGGCAACUGCUGGCUGCAGAACUUUCUCCCCUGCUUCUGAGCCACUUUUUCCACAGCCGGGCCAAGCAGAGCUCAGCCAAAUUAGUUCAAGAUGUUUCAAUGUUAACGCAGGACUGAAAGAUUUCUUUGGUUUGCUGCUAGUCACUGUUACUAGCUGGUCUGGAAAAAAAAGGUUCCGCGACCAGAAAACCAGGUUUUUGUAUGGAACGUGUAUAUCAGCGCCAUGCCUUUAAAUCCAUGUCGACUGUCUGAUGAGCAUGUGUUCGGAGGUGACUCAGUUCAGUCAUUCAUGUCCUGUGUUGUUUUGAUGUUUGUUUUAUACCUUUCUCACUGUUGUCAGGCCAUGGAAAUCUAAAAAUGUUGAUCAGAUUGAAAUAAGCUUUUAGUUAAACAGACACAAAUGAAUUCACAGAUUAUUAGCAGAAACUAACAAAACACAAACCAGACACGGUUUGUUUUAACACACACACACACAGUUCGGAGGAAUGUUCAAAACGCACAAUAAGGCACCAAGUUUUUAAGUUAAGCUCCAUGUUGGAAUUUUCGUUGUGUUAUCCUAUAUAUAAAAUACUUGUAUCUAUUUAAAGAAAAAAUUUUAAAGAUGAAA